AUGAGUUGGGCAAAGGAAGAAUGGAAGCAGGAUUUGCCAUCCAAAACCCUGCAGAACAUCCACCAGCUAGAAAACGAACUAGAAGCGCUGCGGAAACAGAUACAACAACAGGACUUGAGAAUUGACGGUUACAUUAGCUCCAUGGAGAAACAAAAGAAAGAAUUGUCGGAGGAAAAAGCACUGAACGCUGUGUUACAGAGAGAUGUUCAGGAAAUGUGCACAAAGAUUUCGAACUUCGAGGUGAAGGAAGAGAAGCUCACGGCAGAGAUAAAAGCCAAAGACAAGCAAGUGGAGCUAGGUGAAGAGGUGUUACAAAAAGUUCAGCUGAAGUUGAAAGAGGAGAAUGCGAGGGUGGUGGAGCUUGAGGGUUCUCUGGAACAGAGGAAGAAAGAAGCUGAUGGUUACCGGGAGAGAAACGAGAAACUAGCGGCUGAAAUAGAGAAACUACAACAAGGGAAAGACCACCUUACUAAAGAAUGUGAAGCAUCAUCUGAAAAGAUUGUGACACUGCUAAAGGAGAUCGAAUUACUUCGUCAAACAAGAUCCGCCGAGAACGUGCACAUAGAGGAGGCUACGAGCAACGAGAAAGAGCGAGAAGCGACUGAAGUCAAGGAGACGGAGAGCAACGAGAAAGAGCGAGAAGCGACUGAAGUCAAGGAGACGGAGAGCAACGAAAGCAGUGGUGAUGCUUUGGUAGAAAUUCUGAGACGAGAAAACAGCGGCCUGGUUUACCAAAACCAGGAUCUCAAGAUACAAAGAGACCAGUUGAGGCACAAGGUAGAGGAGAAGACAAAUGAAGUAGAGAGGAACAUCUCCAAGACUGCGGGGAUACGAAGUGAGCUUGAGAAAACCAAGAAAGCUCUUAAGGGCAGCGAGGAGAGGGUAAGCUCGCUUGGAGAGACCGUAGAGGCUCGGGAAAGCACAAUCAGAACCCUGGAAUGCCGUGUUGACGAUCUGGAAAGGCAAAAGAAGAAGAUAAAGGAGAAGCUGGAGUGUGUGAGUUUUAAUACACAAGCUGCGAGGGCAAGCAAGAGCCAGCUCUUGAGGGAGUACGAUGAGCACGCAAAGGAGAUGAAAAGACUAGAAGAGGAGCUGAACAAGGCAAAGGCGAGUCUAAAAGAUAAGCAAGAUCAAUUAUUAGCACUUGACACUAAGUACAAGGAGCUUAUCACCGACAAUGAAGGUUUGAAGGAUCAGAUGCGUGGUCUAAGAGAGACGGCAAAUUCAGCGACGCAGGAACUCAAGAAGAAAGAGCAGCUACUGAGGGCCUUGGCCACCGAGAGACAGUCAAGUGGCGAUAGUGAGAGGAAGCGACUUGAAAAGCUUGAAUGCCUAUUACUAGAGAAUGAUAGCCUUCGACGUCACGUAGAAACGAUGGACUGCGACGCCAAGGAGGCGCGAAAAGAGUACGAGUCCGUUACCCAGGCGCUCGAGAGCAGCAGAAACUUGGUGCAACUGAUGACGGAAAAGAUCGUAGAUCUGGAGAAGGCUAGCUCGCGACCGGUGGACGCAGCAGACGCGGUUGACUCAUGGAUAAAGUGUCAAGACACGAACGUGGUAAAAGAGGUCCAAGGCAGUGAAGAUAACAAGACACUUGCCUCCACACAAACGGAAGUUGCGGGAAACCUCCUCGAUAGCCUUCAGAGCCACAUACGGGACCUGAAGGCCCGCAUCCGGGAGCUAGAGGAGGAUAAGCGUACCUUAGAGGGGUCUGCUCAGGAGCAGGAUCAGAUCGUGGAGGAACUGAUAACCCAGCUGGAAUACGAGAAAAGCCGUUACCAAGGAAACGAGGAUGAUGCUGAUGAUGAGACAGAGAUUACAGCUACUGCUGGAGAGAAAGACGUUCUUAGCGAGGUCUUUGUCGUCAAAAUGGAAGCAGCAUCAAACGAGCCCACUCAUCCACUAAGCGACGACUGCAAAUCACACGAACAUGACGUCACCGUAGAAAACACGGGUGGCGACCAGGAGGAGGGGGUCACAGAGGGACAAAGACUUGACGUGGGCUUCUCAGAAGAUUGGUACACGCUGUGCGCGGAUGUCCAGAGGGAACACAAGACCCUCAGGUGCGGGGUGGAGGAGUGCUGCAACACGAGUCAGAGAGUAGAGGAGCUGCUGCAAGAUGGAGAACACAUAGAUAACGAGCUACAGCCGGUAGCUCAGAGCAUCCGUUAUCUGAUGAACCAGCUGCAGGCGCUCAAGGUGGUGUUACAACGCUGUGAUCAGAGUAUGAUGGGCAAGAAAGACGAGGGAGGCAAGCUUGAUGAUGAAGACCAGAAGCCGGACGAUGUCGAUGAAAAGGAGAAGCCUUUAGAGUCGAGCGAAGAGCAAGGUGAAGAAGACAUCGCCCGAAAAGCAGCGGAUAAAGGUUACAACUCUUCGAGCACAAAAGAGAACGCGGUAAGCACUCCGACUGAGUACAGGAUGCCCGUGACGUGUGAAGAAAUUCCAGCAGAAUAUGUCAGCAGAGAAAGUAACAAUAGUAGGAAGGAUGAAAAAUCAGCUACAGAAGAUCAGGGCGUGAACUGUUUCACGAAAAGCGGCGCGGGGUCCAAACAAAUGGCGAACGUGCAUGAUUCAGAAAGCGAUGGUGCCAAAGACUCCCCAAGAAAAGAUUUGUCAUGGGACAACUUCGAGGCGGAGAAUGCAUUCCAACCGUUCAAGAAAGAAGUCGACUCGGUUGUCAGGCAAAUAGAUCAGAAUGCUGACAAAGCAGAAGGUAAGAGAAAUUGCCACAAAAAAAUGACGAGGAGCAAGAGUGAAGGGAGCGAGGAACAUCUGGAAGAGGAUGAAUCCAACGAGAAACAACUUGAUUCUGCUGAAAUAGCAAAUAUCCUGAAAGGCCUUCUUGUGGAAAAUAACGAUGUCAUAUUUGAGCGCAUGAAAAGGCACUUCACAGAAAUUGAACGUUUAAUGCUUAGCAAUGCAAGCAACAAAGAUUCUGAACUACAAAGGAAAAAAGUGAACAAGGAGCAAUCUUCGAGUGACAGGGAAGACUUCAAAGAUGAUGAUGUCGGUGCGCUAGAGACGAGGUCUGUUCAGGACGGAAGAUACGCGAUGGAAGAAAUAGAAAUCAUGAGGAGAAAAAUGGCGGACAUCCAGAAAUCAAUCAAGCAGCUGAUAUCAUCAACUGAAUCCGCCGAGAAGAAGCGUGUGAUAGCCCACUCGCACCUGAGCCUCCUAGAGAACGAGUUCAAAGAGAAAGAGUCGCAUUACGAGAUGCGCUGUGGGGAGCUUGAGAGCGCGGUAAGGACAGCAUCCCAGCAGGGGAUCGCUCUACAGAGGCAGCUUAGCAACCUGCGCACCGAGAAAGACGACAUCCAGUGCGACUUCCAGGAGGUACUUCAGGCGCUCAAAAUGAAAGAGAUGGAGUUGGUCAAGGCGACGCAACAGCUCGGCCACAUGGAAGCCGAGCAUCGAGAGAACGAGGCAAAGCUCAGAAACAAGAUAGAGGCUCUAGAACAGGAAAACGAGGUAAUCUGGCAGGACUUCACGGACGCGUCACAUAAAGCCCAAGAGAAGGACACUGAAUUCCGAGGAGUGGUUGAUCAGUUGAAGAACUCGGAGAAGUCCGUCUUGGAGCUCUUCAAUUCGCUUGGGAACAUUGAUGACCAGCUACAGCGAGCUAAGCACCACCAACUAUACGAAUAAGAAAUUAUGACACGAAAUUACGGACUUAUCAACGACGAAACUCCGAUAACUUAUCAUUUAUGCUGUAUCUGAAAUAUUUUGUCAGAAAUCUAAAAUAUAUCGUUGCGUCUUUUGAUGACAAAAGUGUUUAACAGUUAACUUUGUUAUUUUAAUUCCAGUGCAGGUUUUAGGAGCAUUAUUUAAAGGGAGGAUGGGGUGGGUGUGGGUCCAUACUCUGAACGCUAGUACAGUAUACAGACGCUAAUCACGUCUAAUUUCUUUUGGAAGACGGAGUUCUUUGUCACAGCCAAGUCUUUAUGUACAAAAUGCAAUAAAAGCUAACAUAAACAUA